AUGGCGUGGAGGAUUUGUAAUAUUCUUGGCGUCAUUCUCAUCGUCUUGUGUUUCUUCUUAGAAAGAUAUGCAGCGGAAAUAAACAUUUUCCCUGAAACCGACACUAUUUGGAUCCGCGAAUCUCGAGCUUUGAACCUCACGUGCAUAUUCACCGGAUAUCACAUUAAAGAUGUCGCGUGGCAAAUCAACGGCAGUGAAAUAAAAAAUGAACUUGGAGCGCAGGUCACAACGCAGAGAACAUGGACCUAUGAGACCUCGUAUCUAACAGUAACGUAUUACAAGAGAGAUGCCGAGUUUACCGACACCGGAAACUACUCCUGCCACGCAGGACUUCUCAGCAGAACAAUAGAGGUGAAGGUCACUAAAGGCCGAUUACGAAUUCGACCAGACGUCGAUAAGGUCAUCAUUAUGGCGUCAAAACCUAUCACUUUGGUUUGUGAGUUUGAGGGUAAAGACUUACUUCCAGUCACAUGGCAUAAAAACAACAUGCCGGCAUUUGGAUUCAUGACACGUGGUUAUGUCGUAAAACCGACAUCAACUGCGAAGAAAGUAGCAGUAUCUUCGGAAAUAAGUGAAAUGUUUGCUAAAAGAGAAAAUUCAGGAGUAUAUACUUGUAUCGCCGGACCUUUCAGUAAAACCCUUACUCUUGAAGUGUCUGAAGAGUCCUGCCAGACGGCGCUAGUGAAAUCGCUUCCUGACGCUAGCAUCACUGCGUCGUCGCAUUAUGAAGACACGCUUUACUCAGACGCCCCAUCUCGAAGUAAGCUUGAUACUGUCAGGGAAGGGGACAUAACUGAGGCUAAGACAGGAAGGAGGAAAAUUCUUGGAGGGUCAUGGCAGGCAUAUGUAAACGAUAAACGACAAUGGCUACAGCUGGAGUUCCCACAGUUAGCCAUAGUGACAGAAAUAGUCACUCAAGGGAGAUCAUCCACAGAUUGUUGUACACAGCGUCAGUGGGUGACUCAGUACAAACUUCUUUUCAGCAAAGACGGUCGACAUUGGCACAAGUACAGAGAGAUCAAAACAGGCGACACAAAGAUAUUUGAAGGCAACAGAGACCACGAUACAAAGUGUAAACACGAACUUCCGGUUCCGGUUGUUGCACGAUUCUUGCGAAUCAAUCCGGUAGCAUGGAACGAGAAGAUCUCUCUUCGGGUAGAGGUUUUCGGAUGUACUGUACCCUCUACAUUAAAAAUGAUUUACCCAUUGAAGCCGGUUAACUACUAUCGCAGAGAGGAAAGUUUUCAGAUCACCUGUGCGUUUGACGGCCCUGAGCCACCCAUUUUUCGGUGGCUGAAAAAUGAGCGUGACCUUCACCUUGAUUCGGCAUUUAUGAAAGUCAUUGAUACCUCAUAUAAUCACGACGGGAUUACAACACGAGAAACUCUGCUAAAAAGUCAGGUGAAUUUCGAAGAUUCUGGAAUUUAUACCUGUAAGGACGAAACCUCAAAUCUCGAGCAAAGUGUGGAGAUCCAUGCAGCGGAACUGGAUAUCAAACCGGAAGUAGAUAAAAUGUGGGUCACAGCAGGACAGCCUAUCAAUAUACAGUGUAUGUAUCGGGGAUCGGAGCGAAAACAAAUUGAUUGGCGGAUAAAUGGCCAAUCCAAUUUGACGGAAUUUUCAUCAAAUGUGAAAUAUGAACAAUUGGAAGAUUCCUUCGUCGUCAGGACUAACAUUUCCAAAAUGGCCACCAGACACGACACUUUUGAUAUAUCUUGCUUAGUGGCCACAUUGACGAAAACGAUUUCAGUUCGAGUAAUAGCAGAAAAUGUCGGCAGUGUCGUUUUGAAGGAAGGGGAGACAAUUGUAUUGGAUUGUUCAGACAUCGGCUAUAUAGAUGAUGUCAAGAGUAAUGCAUUUUGGACCAAGGAGCACGUGCCCCUUGAAAGAGUGACAUCCAUGAAGGAGAGAUUCAAAUUUAACUCUGGAACAAGGCGUUUAACAAUAUAUGAUUCAAAACUCUCUGACGCUGGAAGGUACGAAUGUAAUGUCAUGUUGGAAGUGGGCAGUCUUCAUCCGGUACAGAUGUCUAUACCGGCAGACCUGGUCGUCGCACCAGGUAUCACAAUGGAAGGUCAAUCGAGUAUUUUGAUCGGAAGUACACUUCACAUUUUCUGUCACGUGACCGGAUAUCCAGUUCCAAACAUCACGUGGUACAGAAAUGGCGAACCAAUCCCAACGGAGCAAGAAAGAUAUGUCUAUCUUCCUCAUGAAGGAUCCGACAAAGGUCAUCUUGAAGUACAUGACGUCACACAGAGGGACGCCGGCAGCUUCGAGUGUAUUAGUGAUGGGGGAGUGUUUCCUGCUGUCAAGAAAAGUUUAGAAGUACAAAUAACAGAGACCGGCGAAGGUAGAACUGUAUUAAUCCUAGGAGUUCUCGGCAGUCUCAUUUCUAUCGUCAUUGUUAUCUGUUGUGUGGCUGGUUUUGUCAGAAUUCGAAGACGACGAAAGCAGCGGAAAGAGACUCUGAAGGCAUUAGAGAAAAUGUCAGCGUCUCCAGAUCACUUUACCAAGCAAUACGUGCAACUGCAGACCAUUGACAGGAGUAAAACCAUUGAAAGGGAGGACGAACAGUCCAGAUUCAUAUCGAGGCCAUUCGACUUGCAGACAACAGACGAAAGGAUAAACUCGGCACGUUCUCUUCCGGAAUUGCCAGAGGUCGCUUCACCUCCAGAUCCGGAAGAUCCUUUGUAUGACGACACUGGUUCGGAAACAUACGAAAAAUAUGAACGACCAAUGCAUGCUCACACGUUCCCGACACAACCGCCCCGGUCUUACCGGAAGUGA